AUGUCUUCGAGUCAAAGUGACUUGGAAAAGGGCGGAGGAGAUGCCAAGUUAACGCCGGACGCAGUUACUGAGAAAUCAAAUGACGAGCAUACGACUGGCAAGGCACCACAGAAUUAUGACGACAUCGAUGAACUUAAGCGAGCGAAUCCGGAGGCCAUCAUCGUGACAUGGGAUGGUGAUGAUCUAGAAUCUCCCUUUAAUUGGAGCAUCACCUAUCGCUUGUACCUGACAGCGCUCGUAUUUAUGCUCAACACUGGCUGCACGUUUGCCUCAUCGCUUCCCUCAACGCUCAUGGAGGAAAUUUCGCAUUCAACUCAUGUAAGUAUCCAAGUUGUUAAGAUCGGUGUCUUCAUCUACGUCGGAGGUUUCGCUGCAGGACCACUCCUCUGGGCGCCUUUGUCGGAGCUGUUCGGGACGCGUCCAAUACUUAUUGCCUCAUGUCUUCUAACAACUAUUUUCCAGAUGGCAAGCGCACUGGCUCCUAACAUUGGUGGCCUGAUUGCUUUUCGCUUUCUCGCGGGCACUUUUAGUUCAGCUAUUCUCGCUGUGGGCAGCGGUAUUUUUGCCAACAUGUUCGACAAGGACUUGUUGGCCUUUGGUAUGGCCGUGCAAUCUCUUGGUGCAAGCGGUGGUCCUGCGGUAGGUCCCCUCGUUGGUGCAUGGGUUCACGUCGAAGAAGCGUCUUGGCACUGGGGCCUCUGGGCAUGCUGCAUUCUCGAGGGAUUCCUCACUGUGCUUACCAUAUUUACCCUCAAGGAGACGAGCAAGAACUUCAAUCUUACAAAAAAGGCAAAACGCCUUCGCCAACAGACAGGUAACGAGAACUACAAGUCUGCCAUGGAGCUGCAUUCAUUCAAUGCAAAAGAGUUUGUGGACAAAUGGCUCUUGGUACCCUUCAAAAUGAUCUUGUACGAGCCCAUGGUUCUAUCCACCAGCCUCUAUUUUGGAUUCCUCUAUUCGACACUAUACUUGUUCUUUGUCGCCUUUCCCAUUGUCUUCGGAGGUCUUCAUGGAUUGAACGCUGUCCAAUCUUCCAUGGUGUUCUUAUCCUAUUUCGCUGCCGAGGUGGUCGUGGCGGUAUGCAUUGUGCUCUUUGAGAACCGUCGAUAUAUGAAGAAGCGGGCGGCCAGCCCAACCGGUAAAUUGCCACCCGAGGAGCGACUGCGAUGCGCACUGGUGGGCUCACCUCUGAUUGUUAUGGCAUUGUUUUGGUUCGCUUGGACUUGCUAUCCGUCAAUAUCGAUCUGGUCACCCAUCAUGGCGAUCGCUGCCUAUGGAGCAGCCUUUUACUGUGUCAAGCGCUAUGUCAACCAAUACACUGGCACGUUCGGUCUUCGGGUUCGGAUUUCCAUUGCCCGUUAUGCUUUCGGUUAA